AUGUACGCCGUGUGCAUGCAUGCCGUGUGCAUGUACGCCGUGUGCAUGCAUGCCGUGUGCAUGUACGCCGUGUGCAUGCAUGCCGUGUGCAUGUACGCCGUGUGCAUGCAUGCCGUGUGCAUGUACGCCGUGUGCAUGCAUGCCGUGUGCAUGUACGCCGUGUGCAUGCAUGCCGUGUGCAUGUACGCCGUGUGCAUGUAUGCCGUGUACAUGUAUGCCGUGUGCAUGUAUGCCGUGUGCAUGUAUGCUGUGUGCAUGUAUGCCGUGUGCAUGUAUGCCGUGUGCAUGUAUGCUGUGUGCAUGUAUGCUGUGUGCAUGCAUGCCGUGUACAUGUAUGCCGUGUGCAUGUAUGCUGUGUGCAUGUGGGGAGGUUAG